AUGAUUUUCGGUCUUAAGCUCGGCUUGAUCGGCCUGAUCGGUACUACCGCCGUUCACGCCGCUCCAGCUGCUACCCGUGCAUCUGAAAUUGAGCAGCGCUCUUCCACUUGCACUUUCUCUGGAUCCAAAGGUGCAGCAUCGGCCAUCAAGUCUAAGACGUCUUGCUCGAUCAUCGUCCUUGACUCCGUCGCCGUCCCCGCGGGAACUACCCUUGAUCUGACUGGUCUGAACAAGGGAACUACUGUAAUCUUUGAAGGUGAGACUACUUUCGGAUACAAAGAGUGGUCUGGUCCCUUAGUCUCUGUCUCUGGAACAGAUAUUACCGUCAAGGGAUCCUCCGGGGCUAUCCUCAACGGCGAUGGAUCUCGCUGGUGGGAUGGAAAGGGAACUAACGGUGGCAAGACAAAGCCCAAGUUCUUUUAUGCGCACAAGAUGAUUAGUUCUAAGAUCGAGGAUAUCUAUAUCAAGAACUCUCCUGUUCAGGUCUUCAGCGUUAAUGGAGCUAGUGAUCUCACUCUAAGCGGUAUCACUGUUAACAAUGCCGAUGGCGAUGAUAACGGCGGCCACAACACGGAUGCUUUCGACGUCGGCGAGAGUACCGGUGUCUAUAUCACCAACCCUACCGUUCACAACCAGGAUGAUUGUUUGGCUGUCAACUCUGGCUCGGAUAUCUCUUUCACUGGAGCUUCUUGUACCGGAGGACACGGAAUCUCCAUUGGUUCUGUGGGUGGAAGAUCGGAUAACACUGUUGAGAAUGUCACUAUUGAGAACUGCAGUAUCAAGGAUUCUCAGAAUGGCGUUCGCGUCAAGACGGUUUACGAUGCGACUGGAUCCGUCAAAGACGUCACCUAUAAGGAUAUCACUCUUUCUGGAAUCUCGGACUACGGUAUUGUGAUUGAGCAGGACUACAAAAAUGGUAGCCCCACUGGCACUCCUACUAGUGGUGUCCCUAUCACUGGUCUUACAGUGAGCAAUGUGAAGGGAACUAUUGAUAGCAGCGCCACCGAUGUCUAUAUUCUGUGCGCUUCUGGUGCUUGUUCUGAUUGGACUUGGAGCGGUGUCAGUGUUUCAGGUGGCAAGACUAGCAGCAAGUGCAAGAACAUUCCUAGUGGAGCUAGCUGUUAG